AGUGAAUGUGCAGGUACCUUGCCACAGUGACACAAUGAAACGUUGCUCGAUAGCGACGAUUAUCUGUGCGAUUAUCAGUACGGUGUGCUGCUGUGAUGUCGUCAAGCUAACUUUCCCGAGUGGCUUCAGUCUAGGAGCUGCCAGCGCGUCGUAUCAAGUCGAAGGAGCCUGGAAUGUCAGCGACAAGGGAGAAAACGUUUGGGAUUACUAUACGCAUCACUAUCCUGAAAUUAUAUCUGAAGGACGUAAUGGAGAUGUUGCCUGCAAUUCUUACUACAAGUACAAGGAGGAUGUGGAACUUAUCAAAUCCACUGGAUUCGACUUCUAUCGAUUCUCCGUCAGUUGGUCGCGCGUCCUUCCAACCGGGUUCGCCAACGUAAUCAGUGAAGAUGGCUUGCAAUACUACAAAAACUUGACCGCGGAGUUAGUAGCUAACGGUAUUGAACCUGUUGUCACGAUAUAUCACUGGGAUCAUCCGCAAGUUAUAGAGGAGAUGGGGGGAUGGACAAACGAACUGAUAGUCGACUGGUUCGUAGCUUACGCCAGGGUUCUGUUCGAAGCACUUGGAGGCAGUGUGAAAAGAUGGGUAACCAUAAAUGAACCUGAUUCUUUCUGUGGGGAAGGCUAUGAAAGCACGAGACUUGCCCCGGGAAAAGUGAUAACAGGUAUCGGGAAGUACCUUUGCGGACACAACGUUUUGAAAGCCCACGCCAAAACUUAUCGCAUGUACGAGGAAGAGUUUCGAGAGAGCCAAGGCGGUGUGAUUGGUAUUGUACUUCCUGUUUCGGGACAUUUGCCAUACAACUCCAGCUAUGCGGACGCGGCCGAAACCGGGUUUCAGUUCAACUGCGGGUGGAUGGCACACCCUAUCUAUUUUGGGGAUUAUCCAGAAAUUAUGAAGACCAGAGUAGCAUUGGUUAGUGAAUCUCAGGGAUACCCCAGGUCACGUCUUCCAGAAUUUUCGGACGAAUGGAAAGCCAUUAUCAAUGGUACGAGUGAUUAUUUUGGUUUAAAUCAUUACUCGUCCAGACUUGUAUAUAAUGACCCUGACGAAGAACUUGGAAUUUACAACUCCGACAGUGGUGUGAUAAGUGUUGUUGAUUCGAGCUGGCCCGUGGCGUCUUCAUCUUGGUUUUACGUAUAUCCUGAGGGAUUCGGUUAUGUGCUUCGCAAGAUUCGGGAUGAUUACGGUAAUCCAUCGACGUGGAUUAUGGAAAAUGGCUACUCUGACACCGACAACUUAGAAGAUUACGAACGAAUCAGCUACUAUUACGAAUAUUUGAAAGAGAUGUUGAUUGCUGUUAAGCGAGAUGGAUGCAACGUCGAAGGAUACGCUGUUUGGAGCAUUCUCGAUAAUUUUGAAUGGUCUGAUGGUUAUACAAAUCGAUUUGGUAUUAUCCGAGUGGAGUUUGACGACGCUGAUACGAAUAGAACCACUAAAUUAUCACAGGCCUGGUGGAAAAAAGUUCUGUCGAAACGCAAGCUUCAGUCGGUCCCUACAUCAACCACCAGCACCAACACUCGUACCAGGCUACCUUGGCAGAAAUGACUGUGAAUACUUGCUGCCGAGAUAUUGCAAUUAUCAAUAAUAUAUUAAAAAUCAGACCAAGCAAACGAUGCUCUUCAUACGAACGUUCCAGUGGUAAAUAUGUCACAUCGAAAAUACGUCAUGAAGUGUCAUACGCAACAUGUAUCAAUAAAUUUUUUUGCUAUGUCUUGAA